ACUUGCGCUAACCAACACUGCGGCAUUAAAACCAAGUUCUCUUCUGUUUUUAUUGAAUUUUUAUCAGUUUUUAUUCGGGUAAUACGGAUCACGAUGGCCCCGCAGCCGGUGGUAACGGGGCUCUCCCCCAAGGAGGGUCCACCUGGCACCCGCGUCAUCAUCCGCGGCGAGUUCCUGGGCACCCGUGCCCAGGAUUUAAUUGGCCUGAAGAUCUGCGGCUCCGAUUGCCUGCUGUCGGCGGAAUGGAAGUCACCCAACAAGAUCAUAGCAAGGACUGGUCCGGCAAAGGGAAAAGGCGACAUUAUAGUGACCACUUUGAGCGGCGGAGUGGGCACUUCCACGGUGCAGUUCCGUGCCUACCAUGAAACUAUAGGUCCGCUCAAGGAAUCCGCCGUCUGGAUCGAGGAGUCACCCUCGCAGAACUUUGCCUGGGGUCGUCGCACUUUGGCCCAGUCUGGACUGACGCAGGAGGAUCCCCUCGGCCUGUCCAUCGAGGGCAAUGAGCAGAAGAUUCCCGAGGACUUGCGUGACCUGUUCCCCGAAGCCUGUGGCGAUCUCUCCCAGGAGCACUUCUCCCCAUCCUGGUUUCUCCUGGAGAAUCACCUGGCCACCUCCUUUGAGGAUCUCAAGGCGGGUUUGUCCUAUUUAAAGCGCAAGGUGGAAAGCCAGAAGGAGGGUCAGUUAUCCUUCCUGAAGUCCAAUGCGGGUUCGGUGAUUGACCAGUUGGACACCCUGAUGAAUAUUCGGGAUAAGCUGCAAGAGGAUGUCAAGCUCCAUGGCAAUGAGACUCUGAAUAUCCUAGAGACAUCAAUUGAGAACUCCAUCAGUGAAUCGCAGAAGAUCUUCACGGAUGUCCUGGUGCGCAAGGAGAAGGCGGACUCCACCCGAUCCGUCCUGUUUGCCCUCUCGCGCCACAAGUUCCUCUUCUGUCUGCCCAAUGCGGUGGAUAGGCGGGCCAAGGCUGGCGAAUACGACAUUGUGGUGAAUGACUAUUCGCGCGCCAAGAAUCUCUUUGGCAAGACGGAGAUUCCCAUUUUCCGCAAGGUGCUGGAGGAGGUGGACCACAGGAUACUUUCCAUCCGGAAGCAGCUGCACGAGAAAGUGGUCAAGAUGCCGCAGAGCGUGGAGCAGCAAAAGAAACUGAUCAAGGCGCUGACCAGUCUGGAGCUGCAGCAGAGUGGCACGCCCAUAGGCGAUAAGCUGCGCAACAUUGAUCCCGCCUGGGAUGCCAUCGAGGCCAGGGCCAAGUAUUUGGAGGGCACCUUCCGCCAAACCUUCGACCAGCAUGCCAACAAAGAUGCCCAGGGUGGGCAGGAGAAGGCCAAGGGCAGGGAUCCCAGCCAGGCCCCAAGUCGGGUGAACUUUUGCGAGGAACUGUGUGACAUUGCCGCCUCUCAGUUGCCGGAUUUGUGGCGUCUGGGUCAGCUGUACUUCACCGGCGAGCUGAGGGGUCCACACGAUCCCAAACCGGGAGACUUCAAGCGUAUGAUCCUAAACGCCAUUGAAAAGUUUUGUGUCUACCUGAGGCUGGCCAUCCUCAUAGCCACGGACCAGCGUGCUCUGAGGCAGUCCAGCGGCCUGGCUUGGCCCAUUGGCUCCGCCUCGGCCACUCAUGCGUUUCUGCCGUGGAUUCCGCAGUGCCUGCGCUACACGAGGAUUGCCUAUGCCACGCUCAUCAGCCUGGAUCUGCCCUCGGAGGCCUUGGACAUCAUACAGAAGCUCAUUGACGAGGUGCGUCUCUUCUGCUUUUCGAUUAUCUUCAAGCGCGCCACGGAUCGCUGCAAGAAGUUGGGCGCCCAGGAGACCUGGGAGCUGGGCGUGGAGGAGUAUCCGGGUGCCACUUUGCUGCCGGCCGCCCUCGAAGCCCUGCUCAUCGAAACCCUGGACGAAGUGCAGUCCGUUUGCAUGCAAAGGGAGACGCGGGAGGGCAAUCUGCUAGAGCCCCAAUCGGAUGGACAAAGGGAGGUGACGACGAGACUACAGGAAUUCCUAUCCACCUUCAGUGGUGUCAUCGAGGAGCUGGCCUUUCACUCGCACGACGAGGAGACGCCCACGCACAAUGUGUCCCAGCUGCUGGGCUUUCCCAAUGCCCAGCAGCCGGAUUCGGUGGCCGGAAGUGCUGCAGCUGGAGCAGCUGUCACCUGGGAGCAGCGCAUGCUGUGCUGCCUGGCCAACUAUGCGUACUGCAACAAGAGCUUCUUCCCGCAUCUCGGUGAGAUCUUCGUGCGCUAUGGCUAUCCACUGCCCACGUUGGCCAUCGAAACUGCCCGCUACACGGUGAACCAAUUGUUCACAAAUCUUCUGGAGGAAUAUGUGGAGCACAAGGGUGAUCCCCUGGUGGGCACCAUUGAGCCAUCCAUGUACUUGGGACGCUUCCAGUGGGAUCACGAGAUGGAGAUUGGCCAGUUGCGUCCCUAUGCCCACGAAUGCUGCGACAACCUGGUUGGUGUCUACUCCGAGAUCUACAGCAUAUCGCCAGCCCUGCUGAGACCCAUUCUGGAGUCCAUAGUGCAGACCAUCUCAGAGGAACUGGCCCGCCUGAUGAGCUGUGUCCAGCGGUUUAGCUUCACGGGUGCCAUUCAGGCGCAUGUGGACAUCCGACUGCUCAGGGACUCCCUGGAGGGUUAUGUCAAUGAGACGGCCAAAAACUACUUCAUGGAGGCCUUGGAGGCCAUCAAUCCUCCCCUGAGUGGCGAGCAAAAGCGCAAGGCGGAUGACAUACUGGAGCGUGUGAAGCGGAACAUGCGACUGCAGCUACUCUGCUUUAGUGUCAAGGAUCCCUAAGGACAUUCCACUGAUAGAUAACUAUAACUAUAACUGUAACUACUAGCUUGUGAUUCCCCGUAGGGAUAAACCUUUAUUCGAUUGCAAAAA